AUGCCACGGACUUCUGAUCAGGAUGAGGCCGAUGAGCUAUAUCAAAACAACUCUGUCUCAUGGCUGGCAUGUGGUGCCCUCUCGUUACUUGCCAAUGCAUGGAGCAUCUUGAGUUUAGCCAGCCGAGGUGGGAGCGGGCAGCGCCCUCGCCCUCUGGAACUGCUCCUUUGUUUGCUGGCGGGAACACAUCUACUCAUGGCUGCUGUACCCCUAUCACUGUUUUCUGUGGUGCAGCUGAGAAGAAGACAUUCUCCUGGUUAUGAGUGGAAUGAGGGUUUGUGCAAGGUGUUUGUGUCCACAUAUUACACGCUUGCACUGUCCACAUGCUUGACUGUGGCCUGCCUUUCAUAUCAUCGGAUGUGGAUGGUGCGCUGGCCUGUUAGUUACAGGUUGGGUGGUGCACGAAGACAGGCCUUGCAGGGGGCUCUCGGAAUCUGGGCAGCUUCUUUUGUGCUGUCUACCUUGCCAUCCAUUGGGUGGCAUGACAAUGCCCGCAGGUUCUACACGCGUGGUUGCCACUUCCUGGCUAGUCGCAUUGGAUUGGGCUUCGGGCUGUGCUUCCAGCUACUAUUGUUAGGUGGGGUGGGCACGGGUCUUGGAUGUUUAGGAGUGACUAUAUACCACGCUUGCUGCUGUCCUGCAUCUGGGAACAGAGGAGGGACGGGGGAAGGUGGGGCAGAAGGGAUGCUGGAAGUACCAGCCAUCGUAGUACAGGACGCUCAGGGAAAGAGACGCUCAUCAUUGGAUGGGUCAGAAUCACCAAGGACGGCAGCUCAGGUCACCGGACUGGUUGGGGGCAUUGUGCUGCUGUAUGAUGCACUGACUGGGCUACCCAUAUUGGUGGUGAGUUUUGUAAGUCUUCGUUAUGACAGCGCUCCACCAUGGAUGGUUCUGUGUGUGCUGUGGUGUUCAAUGGCGCAGACUCUUUUGCUUCCAUCAUUUAUCUGGUCCUGCGCCCGGUACCGCGCUGACCUACGCACCGUUUGGGAGCACUGCGCCUCCAUGCUGUCUGACAGUGGGGAUGAAGACAGCGGUCGCGAUGACUUUGCAGAUGGCCGUCUGUGUGAAGUUCGCUUUGACUCCAAUGGCGUAGCGAUAAAGAGACCUCCACAUUACCUGGGAGGAGAUCUGCGAGAUGGAAAAUUUCUGCCUGUGAGGCAUGUGCUUUUGCCCACAGACCGGAGCCAGUACCUGCAGGUGCACCGACACCAGGUUCCUCUCUCCCGAAGGAUGUCCCAUGAUGAAAUGGACCUGUUUCCUCCUCGCUCCUCACCACUCUUGCUCAGGUGGUCUUCCUCGGAUGAUAUAAGAGGAGGACCUGGAUCUGUUCGGGGAGGAAGCCCUUCCACCCCUCGACGAGGUUAUGACAUGCAACCUUGGGGUCGCCACCAGCUUCCAGCUCGAAGAGAAGUAGAUGAUGGUCUGAGCAGCCUGCACCAGUUCUUGCAAGGAGGGAUGGGAGGUCCGUCAGUAAUGGGAAGUGGCAUCCACAACUCCUUCUUCCGAGAUGAAAUCACUGCCUUUAUUGAUGAUACUCCUUGUCCUUCACCUCUUGGGACACCGCACAGAGUUCGCGCAACCCCAAGAUCCUCUCCAUACCCAAAGAAGGGACUAGAGGGAGGAAUGUCUUUGGCAGGCUUGGGAGAGAGACGUCUAUCCCUUUGUAGCCCCCCACUUGUUAUACCUGAAACCCGUAAGUUGUCUUUAUCUGAAAGGGGGUACAAAGUCGGAGCUUCAUAAAGAAGAGUGUACAGGGUCUAUCACAUUUACCUCCUUUGUAUCAGUCCCCCCUGGACUGUGAAGGGGCUGCACAUGGACCCUCCCUUUCAAUCUGUUCUCAGGCAAAUCUGCUGUUUGUGAGAGGGCAAA